UUCCAUCAACCAUAAAAGAAGGCGUUAUCAUUUAUCAACCCUCUACGAGGAGUUACUGUUAACAGUCUUUUUCUGGGUUACAGUUACAGACUGAAGUGGAAUAAUACUUGAUCAUUUCCCACAAAAGAAGGAAAAAGAAAAAAACAUUCCAUCAUUUGCUUCCCAUUUUUUGCGCUUGUACUGUUGGCUUUCCAGCUAAUAUUUCUUUCUUCUUCUUUUUUCCCAGUUGCUAUUUGAUGGAUUAUCUUCUUUGUUCUGUUGUCUUCUUCUGGCUUGAUCUUCACAGUAAAAAUGGUUGAGGAUAGAAGAGGAGGGUAGGAUGGUCAUUUAAGGAAACAUGAACUGUUGGUUGUCCUAAUUCCGAAGGAUUGCUUCUCAUAAAAACUGGAGAAACAGAGGUUUUGUGGAGAACUCUAAGGCUUGUUUGAGAGAGCCUCGGUUUUAUGAAUUUUCAAUCACCCGACAUUUUGUUAACCCUUUAAACUUGCCAUUAUUUAUUUCUCUCCUUUUGUUCCCCAAAUUUCUGUUGGGUGUCUUCACAAUUAGAAGCCACCCGGGAAAGGUGGGUCUUCAUUAGUCUUUGUUUUUUCGUUUGGAAGACAUCGAAAUUCAGUUCUUGAAUUUAGUGUUGAAUAUUUGAUGUUAACUGUUCUCAAUGAGUUAUGAGUUAUGACUGAUUUUGAUGAAUGUUAGCUGUACCCAACCUCAAUCAGGUGUUAUAGUGUUUUUUUUUUUUUUUAAUUAUUAUUCUCCCGUCGCAGAUUUGGUCAGUGCUACUAGAACCAGAAUACAAUCUGAUACUUCUUUUAUGUAUAUUCAUUCUUGUUAAUUAAAUUCUUCUGGUAAUGAAAUGGGAUGUUUGUAAUCAGUCCUGUUCAAGAAUAUUUCAUGAAGGUUUCGUUCUGCAAGUUCCACUGUCCUUCAUUCAUUUGCUUCUGCAAACCCUCUCCUCAGCUUCUCUGUCCUUCCCCAUUGAAGUUAGAAGACACCCCACAUGUUCCUUCACCUUUAUCUCCAGUCCCUGUUACUGUGGUCCAGUUCUGUGAUAAAACGAUUGAGCCCAGUAAGGAGAGCUUAGAUGGAAAACAACAAGUUGAGAGUUAUCUUAAAAGCAGCCUCAAGAGGCCAUACUCGGAACCAGCUGGUGUACCGAAAGAGGUUGUUAAGGCUAAAGUGAAGUGGGUGGAUUUCUUUGGGAAAGAGCUGCUAGAGAUCAAGGAAUUUGAACCCAGGUACAGAUACUGUUGUCCAGUUCUACCUUCUCCAUGCAUCCAGAGAACUAUGGGCAGUGUUUGAAGAUGUGAGCAUUGUUCCAGAGUUCAUAUAUGCUUGUCAGUUGUCACAGAUACUGUUGUCCAGUUCUACCUUCUCCAUGAAUCCAGAGAACUUUGGGCAGUGUUUGAAGAUGUGAACAUUGUUCCAGAGUUCAUAUAUGCUUGUCAGUUGUCACUAGCUAUCAUUUGACUCCUUUACAUUAUGAUCAUCUUCCAUGAGCUUAAGGGACUAUAUGGAACCAGUUCUAGCUUUUGUAUUUCCAACUAGCUUGGUUUUUUGUAUAGAUGAGCAGUUUCACCCAAUAUUGUUUAGGGAGUUGGGAAUUACAACCAUCCACACUUUCCCCUUAUGCUUAGUUUGGAAGGAGUACAAAUAUGUACAGUGCAAGUACAUACAAAAUAAGACAAAAUUACAAGGUUUUACACUCUACAUAUUUGUAUUUGUACUCCUUCCAAACUGAGCCUUAAGUCAUAUUGCCUGGAGUUUUUUACUGCACUCCUCAUCAGCAAGUUGGAACUAUGAAAUUCUGCUAGACUACUUACCUUAUAUGUUCACUCUCAAAAAUUGUUUAUGUUGUUACAUCUCAUGAAUACCAGCAACUUUAAAAUUGAUUAUGAUAUGCUAAAUGCAUUGACGACCUGAAAUUUUGCAAUUGAUGCAGAAGUGAUGGAACAGCAUAGUAUUAUUUGUACUAAUAUAUCAAGCUUCACUAUUUGACACGGGAAUAAACAUUAAGGGUGCAUUAUUAUUUGUGUCGAUAAACUUCUUUAGCCCACAAGAAAGAAAACUGAUAAAAUCCUAAUAAAGAACUUUAACAUUUUAUUCAAGGUUAAUUUCAUGCUGUUACAAUGCUAUAUUUAUGUAACUCUUGAUUCUGUAAAAGAUGACAUGACUCCCACUUCCUUCACCAAUCUUAUUUCCCCUAUUAAGACGACUAUUUCAGCAUGUCUUCAUGAAUAAUGUCUAGCAAUCUGGAGAUGUGUGUGAAGAUCUUCAGUCAUGCUUACCUCUCAUGUCAAUGACUUGCAUAUAGUGUGAACAUACGAAUUUGAUCACAAGAUUUAAAAUGCCACUGCCAUAGAGCCACUCUCCAUCUGCAAAUGGAUCCACUCAUGUGUGCAACUUAUAAUGAUGACUAGAACUACUUACCUAACCAGCAUAGACAAUUAAAUGAAUCUAGCGUCAAUUAUACUGGUACAUACUGCCAUCUGAUUUCCUUU